CUAAUGGGGGCGUACAUGUACAAUGAAAAGAGACGUAGCUACAUCUGUGUGAUUUUUUCCAAAAUAAACAUUCGUUUCAAUCAAAAGGGCCUUUCACUUUCUUUAAACGAAUUUUCCCUGUAAAUAAUGAAAGUCAUUGCGAACUAUCCAUAUCGAAUUAACCAUUAAUUAUGUGUAAAUUAAUACCUGUGUUUAUGUUGUUUCAUAUGAGGUUUCGUAGUAUUAGUAGGCCUUCGUGUAUAAGACUAAGGAACAGCAAUAUCUCAAUAGACAGAACCUGCUAUUUCGAGUAGGAAGAAGCACAUAACAUGAGAUGAUGUUGGGAUAAAUCGAACGGAUUUCUGUAAAUCGACCGCUGCCGGCCAUGCAAUGCUCGGUGAUUGAGAUGACGUCACUGUUGAUUAUUAUCACGAUGGGACAAGCCUUUCUCAGGUUGACUUACGCAGGUGACUUCGCGAUAUUCGUGGAUAUAAAAAAUGAAACCAUAUCGGUAGGGAGCAUGAAUAAGGAACUAGCCGACGCAGUGCCGAUACCUCUCAAGGGGCUGGUAAACCCUGUGGCUGUUGACUUCGACCCCGUGGAAAAAAUGGUGUACUGGGACGAUAUCAGAACUAAGCCGUCUGCAACCAUUUCCCGGGCACGUCUUGACGGCAGCCACCAAGCCAUUGUUGUAGAUGGACUAAAUUAUCCGGACAGGCUGACCUUGGACAUUGAAGACAGGAUGAUUUACUGGACAGAAAUUGAAUUGGGAUACAUUGCGAGAGCUCCGAUGAAUGGUACCGGACCCGUGGAGAUUAUUGUGGAGAAUCUUGUCAAUCCCAGAGAAAUCGUAUUUGAUCAGGUCUUAAAGAAUAUCUACUGGACCAGUGUAUCCAAAAAUAAUAGUACAAUCGGAAAAUCAGACUCAAACGGUGGAAAUGCGACGAUCAUCGUUGUGGGAAAUUUAGCUCAGCCAAAUGGGUUAGCUAUUGAUUAUGAAGAAGAACAACUGUACUGGAUUGAUGAUAACCUCCCGCCUAAAAUCGAAAAGAGUGACCUAUCAGGCAACGAGAGAACUCUGGUGAAAGAAUUGCUACUUCUUCUUGCUCCGUUUGAUCUUGAGUUAUACGGGGACCGACUGUUCUGGACUGACCGUAACAGUUACAGUUUAUUAAACGUGCUGAAGAGCGGAGGGGCUCUUUCACAGUUCGAGGCUGUAACUAAGAACGAAAUGACCGGAGGAUUUCGCAUUCAAACAGAAGUCAAUUAUUGUGAUAAUUCCACUAAGUGUUCUAAUGGAUCCACCUGCAUCGAUUUACCGAACGGCUUGAGGUGCCUGUGUCAACCUGGAUUCGAAGGAGCUACCUGCUCAAUUAAGUCUAUCAAUAUGAUAGCUUGGUUGGUGCCGUUGUUGGUGAUGGUCUUCGGCGCAGUCGCAGCCUCUCUAACCAUUUGUGUCAUCAGACGGAAGCACAGACGAGACGGAACUCAAAUGGCACAAGAAAUGGGCCACGACAUCGUCGAAAAUGAAGGAUCCCAACUGGUGCUCAAAACCCUCGAAUUUCCCGAAGUGCCUGACGUAGCAAACUUCAAUGAUAUCUCCAAAGAUGGAACAUCUUUCCACGCAGAAACGAGUCUCUCGUUCCCGAGGCAUCUCAUUGUGAUAACGGGUGAGCUGGGUGCAGGAAACUUCGGACGGGUGUUGUUGGCCACAGCAAUAGGGAUCGAAGAAAGCAAGAAACAUACCACCGUGGCCGUUAAAACAAUCAAAGAGGGUGCUGACAUUCAGGCCAAGAGUGACCUUCUUCAAGAGUUGGACUUAAUGAGAGCAGUUGGUUCACAUCCAAACAUCGUCCGAUUGCUGGGAUGUUGCGUAAGAGAAGAUCCCAUUUAUAUCAUAAUGGAGUACCUUGCUAAAGGUAAUCUGAAGAGCUACCUCAACGAGUGCAAAACUCAAGACCCAGUCUAUGCAAACUCCACUGGCUACAGCAAGAGACUCUCACAGACCUUGGUCAAGUGUGCCAGAGAUGUGGCGAGUGGAAUGAGUUUCUUGUCUUCGAAAAUGUGCAUCCACCGUGAUCUGGCUGCUCGUAAUGUGUUGAUCAGUGACAACAUGGAAUGCAAGGUGUCUGAUUUCGGCCUCUCUCGGGAUAUCACACAUGAACGGAUCUACAUCCGAAAAUCUAAGAGACCUCUACCGAUGCGCUGGAUGGCGCUGGAAUCUUUAGUCAGUGACGUGUACACAUCGGAAAGUGACGUAUGGUCUUUUGGGGUUCUUCUGUGGGAGUUGGCCACGCUUGGACACCGGCCGUACCCGCUCAUGUCCGUUAAGACCAUGGUAAGCAAACUACAGAAUGGCUACCGUAUGCCGAGUCCACAAAGCUGCAAUGAACAGAUGUACUCAAUGAUGUUGAGCUGCUGGCUUCAGAAUCCAGCUGAGCGGCCAUCUUUUCAAAGUCUUUAUGAGCAGUUGGACAAAAUAUUCACCGAGGAAAUGGGUUACCUGCUGUUGGAUAAACUGGAUGACGACAUUUAUGACGACACACAGCUGAUGGAAGAAUUCGAUGAGAUAUUAUAAAGGCGUGCAUAUAAAUGGUUUCAAGAUCUUAAGGCACCUAGAAUAAAAGGGUGUGGGUUUCCGAAGCAACUCUUUAUAAACUUGACUCCGUUUUGACGAAGACUAUAAGGUCAUUUCAGUAAUAUCAAUCAAUCAAAUGAAUGAUAAAUUCGGCAUAAAAGUUUAUUGUAAGUUAACAAUUGCCUAUUUAUUUCGAGAUCAGAAAAAAAAAACAUUUUAUUCUGAUCAAGGUUGCAGGCAAAACAGAUAAGCACGCAGGUAUAGGCCUAUUAUAUAAGAACAGUCAUCUGACUCUUAAAACAGUAUGACACAAACUAAAGACGAUUGUGAAUAAAAUCCGUGAUUGAGGAUUAGUAUAAUUAUGCAAGUACAACAAGCAAUUAACCAAGAGUAUCCGUUUAUUAGAAUCAAGUUUUCCGCAAUGUCGAGUAUUAUAAUAGUUACCUGAAGGCACUAGGCCUAUUAUACAGGACUUAUAUGUUUUAGUUUGGCCAAUAAUAAGGAUAAGAGAAAAUCCAUCGGACGCGUUUCAAGAAUUGAUUGUGAAAAAACAAGAAACCUGUGAAAAUUUGUAUUUUUGUCGUCGAAGUUGCGAGAUAAUAUAUAAUGGAAGAAAAACACCCUUGUCG